UUGUUCUUUUCCACAAAAUAAUUUUUUUUUAUUAUCCCGUUAAGCCACAAUUGUGUAUUGAACAAAAUAGUUAUAAGUUUGGGCCAUACAUGAGCUAUAUAAAGCCACAAUUAUAAUGGGCUAAUAAAAUUAGCGAGAAAUAUAUAAAAGAUGCUUAGCCCCCAAGCCCAGCCCACUGAUUCGAACCGCGCUAACUAACUCUUGGUUUCUGUUAUUACCACGCAAGCCAAUAGCCAACAGAGUCGCGACACAUGGACAUGGUCGGUCCUCUCAAUUUCUUGUUUUUCUCCAUCUCACGUGAAUUUUAAUUUUUUUUAAAAAUUAAAUAAAUUACUAAAUUUAGUCCGCUUUCUCUCUCCUAUCCGCGCUAACACAUCUCUUGCCCGCCGCCGGCCGUCGCUGUCCACCGUCAGAUUCCAUUCCCUCCACCGCCCCAUUUAACAUCAGUUUCCUAAUCUCUGUUAUAAGGUACAACGCGCUUAUUAACGUAAACUAUUACUCUUCUUGGUGCCUGUCACGUUCGAAAGAGCUCAUAUUGGUGGUUUGCGUGUUUGCAUCGCCAUCCUCUACGUUUGUUUUGAUUGUGUUAUUGGUAUAAUACGUAUACGUUUGUUUCUGCUCUCUGUUUCAACUCUUUAUUGUUGCUGCCUCAUUUGGAUCAAGCUUUAGAUGCCUGUUCUUGUCUGAUUUUUAUAAGUUCAGAUUUGGUUCUGUUUGCUUGUCAGAAAACCGUUAAGAGAAAUGCCUUUUUAGCAUUAAAGGGAGAUUGAUUCUUUACCAAAAAUGGGAUUAUGUUCAACCAAUAGCUUAAAUUGAGAUUGAAUAUUACUUAAGCUUCCUGGUUUGUUUGGGAUCAUGCUUUCUGAUUUGGUGGAUGGAUAUUGCUUGAGAUCGCCAUCUAAUCUCAAUUCUCAUUAUAGACCUGGAAGCUUUUCUUCUUGGCUAGUUUUUUGUCCUGGAGAACUUAUAUAUUGGAGCUGAAGGUGCAAAAAUAAUUCGUUUUGAGGAGCCUAAGAGCAUUACACUUGGGUCAUCAAAUCCAUCAUUAAUGUCAGAAAGUGAUCUUGACAUCAUGAAACCAGAGACUAUGAAGUCCUACAUCUAUCUUCAAACUGCCGAUGGUUCAGUUCAACAAGUGGAACAAGAGGUUGCAAUGUUCUGUCCCAUGAUAUGUCAAGAGGUAAUACACAAUGGCGCUGGAUCUUCCAAGAAUCAUGCGAUCUCGCUUCCACAGCGAGUAAAUACAGCUAUGUUCAGCUUGAUUCUUGAUUACUGCAGAUUUCACCAAGUGCCUGGACGUUCUAAUAAGGAACGAAAAAUUUAUGAUGAAAAGUUCAUGCGGAUGGAGACAAAGAGGCUAUGUGAGUUGACCUCAGCCGCUGACAGUUUGCAGCUGAAGCCUUUGGUUGAUCUUACAAGCCGCGCACUUGCACGGAUCAUUGAAGGGAAAUCACCUGAGGAGAUACGAGAUAUAUUUCAUUUGCCUGAUGACCUUACUGAGGAAGAGAAAUUAGAGCCUCUGAAGAACACAAUGGAUGAUCCAAGGAUCCGACUACUGAAUAGAUUAUACGCAAAGAAAAGAAAGGAGCUGAAAGAAAGAGAGAGAUUAAAGAAUGUUGAGGUUGAAGAACAUGUGGACGAACGUUCUGUGGAUGACCUGUUAUCAUUUAUUAACGGCAGAGAUCCCAAGGUGGUAAAAAUGUCAAAGGGAAAGAAGAAGUACAAGAAAAAGAAGAACCAGAAGAUUAUUUCUUCAAAUGACAAGGAAUCACAUGAUCUUCAUUUUAAACAACAAGGUGUUGAAGAGACUGGAUCUAGCAUGAGAGACUUAUCUAGUAGGGAAGAUGAGAUAUUUACACCAAAGGCUGGGUGUGAAGAUGGAGAUAUAGAUGAUGAAAUCGAUCCAGCCAUGAAGGAAAUGCUUGAUAGAGAGGUAGAAGAUUUUGCUCGAAGGUUGAACUCUAACUGGGUUCAAUCGCUAGGACAAGAGAGAAGACCUGUUCACUUUUCCAUAAACGGCAACGGGACUACAAGACGGCAUAUAGGUCAACCUUCAGGACACAAUUGAUGCACUUCAAUGGCUGACACAGUUUUGGUUGGUUAUAUGAGCAAAUAGGAGAUAUAGAGAAAAUGGUUCCACCAGUCACUGAUGCAGUUUUGAUUGUUUUUGUUUUCAUUACUUUUUAAUGAUCAAUCCUUUUGUUUGUAAAACCAUGUUUGAGCAUUUUUGUUGGUGUGUCUAAUUUAUAGUCCCUAUAUUAGUUUUUUUUUGUUUGGUUCAGUUUGUGUUGAUAUAAACCUCACAAGCCAAUAAAGAAGACAUGUUCCAUUGU